GGCUCAGCCCUGUCCUGCCCCGUGGAGGCCGCAGGUUGAUCAACUCCAAAAUGUUAUCUCAGUGUCUUUGCCGAGUUUACAAAUGUUUGUUUCUGCGCAACUUAAAACUGAAUUCAGUAAAUGUGACAACUUUGGCCAGAAGGAUCCAUUCUUCAGCAAAAAAGCUUUCUGACUGUGAGUUAAAGGAACAAACUGUCCAGAAAUGUGAAACUGAAGAGUUGCCUCAAAGUACAGGAAACAAUAAUUCGGGAAGAUUGCACAUACCAGUGAUGCUGGAGGAGGUUGUUAAUUGUUUAUCCCCCCAGCCAGGCCAGCGUUUCCUUGAUAUGACGUUUGGAGCCGGAGGUCAUACUACAGCUCUUCUAGAGAAAGCCAGCGACAUUACAAUAUAUGCGCUAGACAGGGACCCCACAGCUUAUGAAAUAGCUCAGCAGCUUUCAGAAUUGUACCCGAAACAGAUUCGAGCUCUUCUAGGACAGUUUAGCCAGUCAGAGGCUUUGUUAAUCUCCUCUGGAGUUGAGCCAGGGACUCUAGAUGGAGUCCUCUUGGAUGCUGGCUGUUCUUCUAUGCAAUUUGAUACACCUGAAAGAGGUUUUUCCCUGCAGAAGGAUGGACCUUUAGACAUGAGAAUGGAUUGUGACAGGUACCCUGACAUGCCCACUGCUGCUGAUGUUGUGAAUGCUUUAGAUCAACAGGCGCUUGCGUCCAUCCUGAGAACAUAUGGGGAGGAGAGGCACGCCAAGAAAAUCGCUUCAGCCAUCGUUCAGGCACGCAGCAUAUACCCCAUCACCAGAACUCAGCAGCUUGCAAGCAUUGUUGCAGGUGCUUUUCCAGCAUCAGCACUGUAUGCACGAAAAGACUUGCUUCAGAGACCUACGCAUGUUGCUACCAAAACUUUUCAAGGCCUGCGAAUAUUUGUAAAUGAUGAGCUCCAUGAACUCUUUAUAGGGCUGAAGACAGCUGAGAAGUUUCUAAAACCUGGAGGUCGCCUUGUAGCCCUCUCCUUUCAUUCACUAGAAGAUCGUAUUAUCAAACGUUUUCUUCAUGGAAUAGACAUGACAGAAAAGUACAAUCUUGGCUCAAGGCAGAAGAUAAGACAGGCACUGAAAAAUUGCUCCAAAGAAGAUGAUACACAAGAAUUUCCCAGUGGAAAAUCCAACUCAAAGUGGAUUUUCAUACAGAAAAAAGUUCUCACGCCCCAGGCCAAGGAUAUUCAAACAAACCCAAGAGGAAGGUCGGCCAAGCUAAGAGCUGCUAUCAAACUCUAAAACAAAAUAUAUGAUUAUAUAAUUGUAUAAUUUCCUUAAAUUUUGUUUUCCAGAAGGCUAACUGGACAGAUAGUAUCAAACUGAAAAAAUAAAAUGAAGGCUGUUAGAAAACAUUUAUUUCUUAACUUUGUGCUUCUUUUUAAUUAGGAUGUAGUGUAGAGCAUCAAAAGGUAAAAUAAAUGUAGCUAGGUGGGUGCAACUAAUUAUAAAAGAAAAGAUAUUUUAUAAGCCCUGGUUUUUAUUCUCUUUUUUAAAAAAUUACAGUUUUGGUGUAUUUAGAGUAUUUCCUUUAGAUUAAAUACAAAACCCUGACAUUAAGUCUGAAUUCAGUAGCUGAUUGAGACAGACACAUUUUUAUGGGGGUGGAUUUCACACACCUAAGUCAGAUGGCUGGUUUAGUCUAGAGUAAGUUUAAACUAACCUAAGAAUUCAUGAUAUAUAAGUCUCUGUAUCUCAAUUGACUUGUUGUGUGAACGCCUGUCGACAAGAGCUAGUUUUUAAAUAAAUUGAUAUCAGUAUGUAAUGUUCUAUCCUGGAAUUUGUAAACGGGCUCUUACCUUUUUUAAAAAUAAGUAAACAUUUCCU